AUGCGGAACAGGAAAUCUACAACCACUUCGCAAUUGUUGGGAUCUAACGACAAGACCACUACUGCCGAGGAAAAACGGCCAAGUAAAAAGAAACUGAUGGCCUUGGAGGAAAUCGACGCCGUCCUCAGUAAAUUAGAAGUGGAACAUUCAUCAAAGUCGGAAUCGGGAAGAGUGUGUAACUGUAUGGCAACGCGACACCCUUUGUUCGAAGUUGCUCCAAACUGCUUGUACUGUGGGAAAAUAAUAUGUACAAAGGAAGGUUUGCAGCCAUGCUCCUUUUGCAAGCUGGAUAUAAUACCGUCGGCUGAGAAGGAUGCUAUCGUGAGGUUGCUCAAACAGGAGCAACGAGAAUUGCUUGCAACGUCGCAGCCAGUGGAAAAGGCUAUAGCGCCAGCAGCAAAGCAAAAAAAGAAAAUUGUGGUCAAGAUGAACCCGGGUGAAAAGUUCUGGGAGGCCCAGGAUAGGGCUUUCAAAUUAGCUGAAAGGGAACUAAAGAACCGCGAUAAGGAUCAACUUGAAAAAGAAGUAGAAGAAGAGGCAGAAGGGGCAGAGGAAGCCGAGCUGUCGAGCGUUGACCAGGAUCUAAGCAUAGCCCAGGAAAGGCUAGAAACGUUGCUCAAUUUCCAAAGCACAGGAGAAGAGAGAACCAGGAUCAUCGAUAAUGCCUCGGACUUUGACCCCAUGAAUCAGUCAGUAUGGUUAUCGCCAGAAGAGAGGGCGUUGAAUUUGAAACGACAGCAACGGUUGUCUCUGCAGGUGCUGAAGGAAAAAGAUCGACAAAGACGCGGGGAUAAGCAAAUUGAGAUGGUGAUUCGAGAUGGUAAAGUCAGCAUGGUGGAAAAAUAUGUCCCUGUAAAGGAAGAAGUGACGAGCGAAGAGCUACAGUUGAUGCAGGACGUGAAGGACGCGAAAAACAACCUUUUGACUGCAAAUGAGGGCAUUUGGGACUACGAAGGUGACAAAAGGAAAUGGGCAAAGCCUGUCUACUUUUCAGAUCGUGUGGACCUGAACAAGGAAGAGCUGGAAACGUCAGAGCCAGAGGGCUUUAAAAAGAACCGGGUUCAGAUAGAGGCGAACUCGGAUCCUUCAGCAUUGGUGGCUUCGAUGCUAUAA